AUGGCUUUGGAGGAGACCGCUUCAGGCGUCGGGCUCGAGAUCCCCCUGGCCUACAGCCCGUUAUCCGGGCAUGAACGACCAGAACAUGCCACGUUCAGCGCAGAUGGCCUGGAUACAGACGCAAGAGUGACCGACAAUGGACGCUUCGAUAUCAAUCUCCACGAAAGCGAGGCAGAUAUUGCUGGGUUGCUGGAUACCCUAAGCAAGCCACCAACGGUCCAGGAACAUCGAAUACAUCCAAUUUCAGAGGAUCUCCAGUUUCCCGUCAAACUCAACAUCGUGAUCCAUGUGGUGGGAUCUCGCGGGGACGUACAGCCCUUUAUAGUGCUCGGGCAAGCGCUGAAGACGCACGGCCAUCGUGUGCGACUGGCUACGCAUUUGGUAUUUCGUGACUUUGUCAAGGAGAAUGGCCUGGAGUUCUUCAAUAUCGGAGGCAAUCCCGCUGAGCUCAUGUCCUUUAUGGUCAAAAAUCCCAAGUUGAUCCCCAAAAUGGAGUCCCUGAUUCACGGGGAUAUAGGAAGACGGCGCAGGGAGAUCCGGCUUAUUAUCGCGGGAUGCUGGCGAUCUUGCUUCGAGGCCGGGGAGGGCAUUGACUGCUUAUGCAACGCUCCUGGAGAAGAGCGUUCAUUUGUGGCUGAUGCUAUCAUUGCGAACCCGCCGAGUUUCGCUCAUAUUCACUGUGCAGAGAGGAUGGCUAUUCCCCUGCAUCUCAUGUUCACAAUGCCUUGGUCUCCUACCCAGGCCUUUCCGCACCCUCUGGCCAAUGUCCGGACCUGUAACGCCAAACCGUCGGUGGCCAAAAUCACUUCCUACGCCGUGGUGGAAAUGCUGAUCUGGCAAGGGUUGGGUGAUCUCCAAAACCAAUUCCGUCGGUUCGAGUUAGGGCUUGAGCCUUUGGAUUCACUCCGGGCGCCUAGUUUGAUCCAUCGACUGCGUAUUCCCUUCACAUACAUGUGGUCCCCGUCCCUUCUUCCCAAGCCGGAUGACUGGCUCUCCCACAUCGACGUAACCGGGUUCAACUUCCUGAAAUCGGCCGAGAAUUACGAGCCCCCCGCGGAUCUCCAGACGUUUUUGGAGUCGGGCCCGCCUCCGAUCUACAUCGGAUUCGGAUCCAUCGUCGUCGACGACCCAGACGCACUCACCCAAACGGUCCUCGAGGCCGUCCGCCUCACCGACCAGCGGGCCCUCAUCUCCCAGGGCUGGGGCGGUCUUCACGCCGAGAACUUCGACAGCCCAGAGGUCUUCUUCCUAGGUAACUGUCCCCACGACUGGCUUUUCCAGCGGGUGUCCUGUGUCGUGCACCACGGCGGUGCAGGGACAACCGCCAUGGGACUCGCGCUCGGCCGGCCAACAGCCAUCGUCCCGUUCUUCGGGGACCAGCCAUUCUGGGGCGCGUUGGUCGCGCUCAACGAAGCAGGGCCGUGGCCGAUUCCCUUUUCCAAACUAACGGCGGACCGACUAGCGGAUGCGAUCCAUCACUGCCUCGAGCCGAAGACGGUGACCAACGCACAGCGCUUGAGCGAGCGGAUUCGCGGCGAAGAUGGUGCGGAGGGCGGCGUGGCGAGUUUCCAUCGCCAGCUGGAUUUGAAGAGCUUGCAGUGCUCUAUCUGUCCCGAUCGCCCUGCGGUGUGGCGGGUUCGUCGAACCAAGACUCUUCUGAGUCCGUUAGCCGCCUCGGUGUUGGUGAGAGAGAAGUACCUCGACCCGCACGAUCUGAAGCUCCAUCGUGGAAAACGCUACGACACACACACCGACCCCCGCGGACCUUUCUAUGCUGGUGCCAAGGGCGUCGCCGGUGGAAUUGGUAACUUCAUCUCAGGACUCGUGGAUGUCCCCAUGAACAUAGUCCAGAGCUUCUCGCGGCCGGCUCAUUCGCGGUUCGCACGAGACUACGAUCUUCCUGCCUGUAGCGAGCGCUCGCCAGUGGUUACGACCUCACGGAAUACCUCCUUUGACAUGGUCACGCCAGAACCGGAGAGAGACAAGACCUUGGAAUCAACAUCAUCGAAAGAAACCGCGGAUACCUCGUAUACAACCGACAGCGGAGAUGGUGCCUGCAUGGCAGUCCAGAAAACUAGCACCAUAUCGUACAUGGUCGCCAAUACCAGCUACACUUGUCGGAGAAUUUUGAAUUUGAUUAUCGAGAUCCCAAUGGGCAUCACCCUUCUUCUCUCGCAGGGGUUCCACGAUGCGCCGCGAUGGUACCAUGACCGAACUGUCCGCGAUACCCCCGUCGUCAGCGAUGUGCGGUCUGGCUUUGCGGCCGCUGGCAAGGAAUUCCGGCAUAGCUGGUCCGAUGGCAUCACUGGAGUAGUAGCGCAACCGCGUACUGGCUGGAAGGACCAAGGGAUGAGCGGCAUGGCCAAGGGGAUUGGAAAGGGGAUCGGUGGCGUGUUUCUGAAACCACAAGCGGGGCUCUGGGGUCUCCUGGGAUACCCGCUCAACGGCAUGUUCCGAGGAAUCGAGAAAUCGUACGGCGCGAACCGCGAGGACUAUGUAGUUGCGUCGCGGAUUCGUCAAGGUAAUGAGGAUCUUGCAGCCGCCUCCGAAUCCGAAUGUGCUUCGAUCGUCGAUCAAUGGAAGGUAAUCGAGAAACCAUUGCGACCAAAGCGACAAAGGAAGCUGGCUAAGUGA